CUGUGGGCAACUCUGGCGGAAGCGAAGGCGAAGCGAAACGAAAAAAACUCGAAUAGAUUUUCUGAUCACAGUCCUUGUGAAUUUUGAGCAGCUAAAUUCGUGCUUUAAAACCGUGAAAAAAUCAUUGAAAACUGAUAAACUAUAAAUAACUAUAUAGAAAAAACAUUUAAAAACUAAAUACAAGUUGUUAAGUGAGUGAUUUGAUGCAGAAAAUGUGUUGAAAAUUUGGCCCACAGAAUGAAAAAAUAAGUGGAAGAAGAAUUGGUGACAGUGCUGUGUGUAAAUGUGCAAAGCAGAACAAGGAGUACGACAGCAAGUUAAAAAGGCGAAGCACGUAUGUAGAUUUUUGUGCGUAGCUGAAAGCUGUAAUCAGUCAUCGAGCUGUUAAAAAUAGUGCAUUUAAACCAACGAGAAAAUAAAUGUUUAUCAUCGUGCGAUGGCGAGGUGAAACGCUUCGAAAUUGCUGUAAAUAAUUUGUGGAAAAUUGCUUUCACCAAGGCCUUAAAAACUGGACAAUUUUUUGCGGUGUUAGACCAAGUCGCGCCGUACGGAAAAUUGUGCGAAGUAUGCGAUAAGAAUAAGCGAAAAAAACAGCAUGAGUUUGAAAAUUCGAAAAAUAAUGUGAAUUGAUCAAAAACUUCUAAAUUCACAAAAAAAUGUAAAAAUCUUUUAAAAUUUAUAAUAAAACGGACAUAAAAAAAAAUACCGAACGAAAAAGGAUACAGAUGAAUAAAAAAAAAUAAACGUGGUUAGUCUAGUGCCGUUCUGAUGUAUCACUUGGGGGAAAAAUUGCUGAUAUGCAUUGAUUCUGUGUUAAAAUAGCCCAAAUGAACAAAAAAAUAAUUUGACGAAAAACAAUAUAGUACAACAUUUCAAAGAAACUCCACUGCAGACAUAGCAAUACCAUUUCAGUGGAAAGUCAAUUGUUACGUUACGAAGAACUGGCGCAGCCAUUAGCAGCUUUUGUGGUUACAUACGCCAACGUCGUCAUAGCCACGUACGCCUGUCGUGUGAACACCGGCUUUGGGAUAACAAACCUAACCACUCAACGCUGUAGAGUCGUACUGAUAUAAAUUGUAAUUCGUGUCACUACAUUUCAGCCGUCUAGAGUACACCGCCCAUCUGAAUAAUCGUUUGUUAUUUAUUUGGAUCCUUAUUUUCUCCGUAUAACAUAAAUAAAGAAAUUACUCACGAUUCCACGGCCAAUCACGUUAUACUCUUUCUAUUUUAAUGGCAUUUGUUGGCCCUUCUCCCCUUCUGGUGCAGAAAAAUGAACAAUGAAAUCAGUGGUAAGACUCUUUUAUCUGUCACCGCAUCGAUCGCCGCCGCCAUCAUACCUGACACACCUAUUGUGUCCAUAGCCGGUGCCACUUUAAGCGAAAUCACUACCACAACCACCUCGACAACCACGACACCAACGCCUAUAUCCUUUAUACCUUCAACGAAACUCAACAAAGACCAUAGUAUAGCCAAUUUGCCAAACAAUCCAAUGUCUGAUGCUGCUGUCACCAAGUCAGCAGGAGGCAACGGUAACACCACUGCCAACGCCACUGCAACAAAUAUAACAAGAGCCAACGACGCGCUCGCUGAUCCAGGUGGAAUAGCCGGUAAAAAUGCCACAAUAGAGCAUCCAAUUAUUGUGAAUGCUGCCCAUGUUGGAAAAACAGAUGAAGCUACUACGAAUACAACAAUCGACACAAAGAAAUCUGAUGUCUCAGAUUUGGAAGAACCCGAUUUAAAAAAGCUACUUGAAGAGGCCUACACCUAUAAAACGCCCAAAGAUAAAAAAGAUAAAAGCGAAAUAUUUUUGGACUUGCUACAAAAAGUGGAAAAUGAAGAUCUGGGCAUAACAUCCACGCGUUCCGAUAGUCAUCGCCAUCACCCACACUCUCAAAAUCGGCAUCAGCAAAAACAGGGCGGCUCCCUGCAAGAUCUUCUACAGUUGCCACCCGAUUAUCGCCGCCAAAAUCACACAUCGCGCCACAAGAAGAACUCGUCGGUAUCAUCGCGCCAACGUGAAGGUGGCAGCUUGCCCAGUAACGUAAAUGUCGCCAAUUGUUUGCUAAGUAGCUUCGAACAGCAGGCGUCCGUCUACGCAGAUAAACGAGUUCGCCGUGCGAUUUUGCUAGGCGUGGAAACCGCAACAGUAGCUUUGAAUAGCAAUAAUACUUUGGUUGGUGUAGUUGGUGGCCCUGGCGGCGGGAAUAACGCAACCGGAGGACUAAGCACAAAUUCCAGUGGCAGUGGCAGCACAAACUCGACGAGUUUAUGCAAUAAGGAGGGUGGUAAUAGCAUUGGUGCUAGUGUUACGAGUGUCAGUGGAGGCAGUGGCAACAUGGCGACAACAGCGAGCGGCCAUAGUGUCGGUAGCACCAUGGCAACUGGCGCAGGUAUCGGCAAUACUGGAUUGAAAAACACCAAUCCCAAGAGUGGCAGCGGUGAUUACAUUAUUAAUAUCGGCGAUAUGAUAGAUAUACAGCAACAACAGCAAAUUUUGCCGUCAAAAGCACAAGACGGCGGGCAGGGCUUGCCGUAUUACGAGCGUGUGGACAUUGAUAUGCGUAUACCGCGUCCAAACUUGGUUCGCGAUGGUGGUGAUUUUGCGCCAACACGUUCGCAUCAUUAUGUCGACGAAGUGAUACGCUUUCAUCAAAUCGAUAGCGGAGAAGGCGGUUUGUGUGAGAGUGGUGAAGUGGCCAUUUCUGUUAACGCUCUUGGUAGCACACUGAAGUCAGCAGCUGCGUCCUGUUCCCUCCCGAUGCCGUUAGAUGAGCGUUAUCGGUCCAUUAAAUCGGUGAUGGGUGAAAAGGGCGAAGGUGCAGGCGCCAGUGUAAAUUCAGUAUCGACAGCAAAGAGUUCCACAUCUAUGGUUCCAAAUAGUGGCAGCCUCGGCAACAAUUCAAACAAUAGCGUGAGCAGUGGCGGUGGUAGCAACAGUAUUGGCAUUGGCAGUUACAGCAAAUCGCUGCCCCUCUCGCGCCAGACAGAUGAGAACGGCAAUGACUGUGAGCGUCAACAGCACAGCAGCAGCAUUGUGGUCAGCGCAGGGCAAUCGCAGGCGAAGGCCAAAGCUAAAAAGAAGCCACAAAAGGACAAUACCAUACCCGUCGAUGUGGAGAACGAGGCUGGAUAUCGCGGCAAAGAUCCGGUAGAGGUGUUGGUCAAAUUUAUCGAGAGUACAGAAGAGGACAGCAAACAGAGCGGUAGUGGUGGGGGCAGUGGCAACAGCAAAUUUGGUGAAAACACCAAAAAGAAAGAACGCAGGAAGGAAAAGGUGAAACAAAAUAAGAUGAAGAAAAGCAACUCGCUGGAAGAGUUACGCAGUUGUGCCAAAAUUGAUGUAGGCGAGCUGAAGCGGUCAGCCGCCACCACAGAAAGCAACAAUGUAACAAUGCGCAGCAAAGGCAGUGGCGGUGGCAAGGGUACUAAAAAUAACUCUGGCUCUACAGCGGAUAUAAAUAAGAAUUUCGAUGGAGGUAGCAAGGAAGUAGCAGCUACGGCUGCAGUCAGCUGUAGUAAGCAGGUACCCAUAGCGGCUACUACAACAGGAGCAACGUCAGCGAAUAAUCGCAAAGGCGAACGGCGUUCUUGGGGGACCGAGGAGCUACAGUAUUUGGGCAUUGAGGGCAAUGUUGGCAAUGCUGGAGGCAACGGUGCCUCCAUCAACAUUGAAGAGAAGGUGAAGGAAAAAAAGGAUAAGAAAAGCAAGGAUAAAGAGAAGGAAAAGGACAAAGAGCGUGAUAUCGAAAAGGAGAAGGGAAAGGACAAAGAAAAGGAGAAAGAUAAAGACGGCGAUAGACAUGAAAAACCUACAAAUAAUAGAUUGGACAGUAAUGCGAAGUUGGAAAGGCAUGAUAGAAACGAAAAGAUCGAGAAGAUAGAAAAACAAGAAAAAUUGGAAAAGCCGGAUAAGCUGGAGAAACGCAAAAAAUCCGAAAGCUUGGUGCAGUUGUCCACCACUCCAACGAAAACUGCCACAAAUUUGGAACGUCAAAAUAGUCAACCCGCUAAUACUCCGGAUUUCUCUCCAAUCGAUUUGCUAUCGAUGAAUACACUAAUAUCAGAGACUGCGGAAUUCCACGUUGUCACCAAGAAGAAGAAGCCAAAGAAGCAACGCGCUUCCAUCGACGAAACGCAUUGCACGCAGGGCUCGAACUAUCACAACAACACAAGCCACAACAGCUACAAUUAUAACAACAACAAUAGCAAUAACACAACUGGUACAACUGGCAGUUUUGCACGUGCGCACAAUUUGGUAAUAAAUGCACAGAAAGGCAGCAAUAACAGUAAUAGCGCCUCAUCGUUUGGCAACCAACAACAACUGCAACAACAAUCUCGUUACAAAUACUAUAACAACAAUGCACAUGGAUUCAACACUUACGGCAAUAACAACAAUGGCGGUGGCGGGGAUGGUGCACGCCUUGACUAUCACAACAACUAUAAUUCCAAUUAUAACAACAACUAUAAUUUAAAUAAUAGCAGCAACAAUAAUCAUUCGUACCAACAAUACGGCGGCUAUCAACAGCAAAGCCAAUACCACUAUCACCACCAUCAUCAGCAACAGCAGCAUCAACAACAUCAACAGCACCAGCAGCAGCAACAGCAACAACAGCAGCACCAGCAACAGCAGCAGCAUGUAACUCCUAACACCAUGAGCGGCAGCGCCACGGACAAAUCGCGCCGCAAGUCAACUUCCUCAGUGCCACCUUCGGAGAAAUCCGAUUCUAGUGAUCUCGAUUCGGUGCAUUCUUUGCCUAUAGAAUCAACGGCAGCGUCUGCCUCUAAGAACAAACAACGUCUUAAGCCCGCCUCCUCCGCCGCGGCGACGCCCGAAACUCCGAAGAGUGCGACAAGCCUUGGUUCACCAGCGCCUGCGCCCAUUUCCUAUGCACAUAUUGCAGCCGCAGCAGCGGUUGAUCGUUGGCCCAGCUUGGAUGCAGCCAACAAUAACAACUCUUCGGCGACUGGCAACGGCAGCUCAAGUGUGGCCACUAGUACGGUUGAACAAUCACAACAGCACGCAGCCAAUGUGGACGCCACACCUGCCCCUCUGACGAACGCAAAUAAUGCAGCUGCCACCGCAGCAGUUGUUGCUUCCACAGCUGCAAGCUCAGCCACCAAGCCGGGUAAGAGUAAGAAGCUCGCUAGCAAGCCUGAUUUCCCAGAACUGGUAGCCACUAACGCGACGGCUACGGAUAUCGGCAAAGCCUCAGCUAACCCAUCUUCGGCCGCGGGCGCUUCAAAGACAAUUUCGUAUUCACAGAGUUUAGUCGCUGCGCCAGCUCAACAAUCGUCCAGCAGUGUAGGCAAUGCGGUCGUGGAAAAAACAGCCGGCGCAAUAGUCGAAGCAGCCAGUGGCUCGGGUAACAUCAAAGCCAGCAACACCGUCCCAGAUGUCAACAAAGUUGACAACAACAGCGUCAGCACAACCCGCAUACCUCAGCACCAAGCGACGCAACACCAACAGCAGCUGCAACAACAAACGCUACAUAAAUCGAAGAGUGUGGAGCACGACAGUUACAGCUUCAACAGCAGUAACUUGGACCAACAGUACCCGGCGCUGGAGAAAACAGUGAAGCGGCACAGCGCAACAAAUGUGUCGAUGUCACCACCGACGGCAGCUGGUUCAGUUAGCGGCGGCGGAAGUGCCAGCAGCAGUACUGCUUUAGCUGCUACCUCAAUGCUACCAACCAACGCUACGAGCGUCGGCAAAUUCAAUUUCGCCGCAGCUGCCAAGCAGCUAGCUAGCAAAGGCGGUAUUGCACCUCAGCCAGUAUCAAUGUCGCCGUCAAUUGCGACAGAGCCGCCAAGCGCAGAGCCAGCGUCACAAACAACCAACGUGGCUGCAACAACUACCUCAAACACGAAUUAUUCGAUGGCGACGGCAGCUUCACCGUUGGCAGCGUCAUCAUCAAAUGUGGCACCAUUAGCCACAGCGACGCGCAAGACAAAAGAAAAGUCGCCGACAUCGGUGUUUGUUCCAGCAACCAUCAACAUUGGUGUAGGGGCGCAGCCCACCACAAUAAACGCUCCUGAUGCUGCUGCUACUAACAUAGUCCGAAAGAACAAGAAAGACAAGGCGCAACCACUGUUGAGCGCUGAGGUGGCCGGUGAGCCACUCGGUCAUGUUGCACAAAAAUCCAGCACCGCCACCCAGACUCAAUCGACGUCGAUGGAUGUAGUGGUAAUGCCCAGCAAAACUAUUGCGCGUUCUCAGCCGGCAUUUGUGGUCGGCAGCGAGGUAGUUAUGCCGACCCCUGCUUUGAGCAAAACGCAAAGACAGCAUGCGAGCAGCGUCGGCGGUAGCAACAAAACCAACGCAGUGUCACGUGGAACAGCCACUAUUUCAGCUACUGCGGGAGGGGCGACCACAGGUGGUGGCAGUGCCAGCAAUCGGCCCGCAGUCAUUAUUUUGAACGAUGAUCGCUCCGGCGACAGCAGCGCAACGGGCAUUGAGUUCACAUUCGGCGAUUUUAACGAGGACGAACUAAAGUUCUUUGAUGAAAGCGUCACCGAGGAGGAGUGCGCGGAUGGAUUUACGGGCGACGAACUGCCACAGGCAGCUUCUGAGGGUAAAGUGGCUACCAAAACUGCAUCCACAGCUACUUCGACAAACACCGCCGCAUGCUUCAAUGAUUCUGGAAUAGCGUCCGAUAUUUCGAAUGCGAACAAUAUGUCAGCGUUUGCGGAAAGCUCCACAAUGUUUGCUGGCGUCUCAAUGGCGGAGCAUUCAAAUCCGCAACCUCCAAAUACUGCAGCUGGUACUGAGUCUGGCAAUAAAUUGAGAGUUCGUGCGGUGGAAAGUGAAGGCGACAAAGUCAAUACGCUCCCCGGUGUACAAGAUACUGACGAAAGCAAUGAAACGAUCAGCCAGGCGUCUGUGCCGGCCACACUCGACUGUGAACAGCUACAGCAGUCAUCGCAGAGGAGAAACAGUGAAACGCCACAGCUGCAACAGUUGGAAACUUGUAAUGAAAUUGAGACUGCGAUUUUGGCUGCGGCCCGUGCAGCUGCCGAGCAGCAACAUCAGCAACCAAUGCAGCCACCCCCAGCGCAACAGCAGCGCUCUUUUAGGCAAAAACAUCAGCAGCAACAGUACAGAAGUACUUCUUAUGGCAAUGCCAACAUCGGCUAUGAGCCGACACACCCGCGCGAGCAGCGUUCACAGUCGUCAGCGUACGCCAGAGACGCACCAAAUCACUACCUGCCACAACAACAACCACAUUAUCAUACUUCAUACCAGCAACAACAACAGCAGCAACACUACCAUUAUCACCAAAGUGGCAGCAGCAACAGUGCUUCGCGCAGCCGCAGCAGUAGCAGCAACAACAAUACUAAUUCAUACGAUGCAUCGGGCCACACACCGCCGCCACAAUCGCCAAAUACUUCACCAUCUGUUGUGGUAAACAUCCAACGCAAAGAAUUCGACAUACAUUUCAUACCGCCAACAAUGUCGAACGCAUACAGCUCGUUGCAACACAAUGAGAUCAUUGUGGAUUUCAUUGGCUCCGCCUGGGAGGAAGUUGCUAAAGUGACGAAAUUCUACGAAGGACAAUAAAGCGCCGCCAAGGCAGCAGCAAAAAAAAAAAAGAGAAACCACAGCAGCAACAUCAACGUAAGCGCAGCAACCAGCGCAACAGCAGCACCACGCAGUAAGAUUCAAGAUUCCAACGCUACCAGUAGCACCGCCCGAAGUACCAUGUAAAUUUAAGUCGACUCACUUAGCCUCAUGCAUUAACUGCCACAGCGUUCGGAGCGCUUUGGCUACAGCGCACCUACACCACAGUGGAGUAGGACCGACUGUCAGCUUGGCGCUUAGAUCAUAGAUAGAUAGUGGAAAGUGAAAAAUAGUCCGUUUGUUGUGACAGCUAGUGCAUGGUUUGGCUGUUCUAAAGAGGACCAAGUGUGAUUGUAAUGAUACUGUUUUUUCCUUUUGGGUGGGCGGUAGUGUCGCGGGUGGAUUUAGCUCCGCUCAAUCGCGUGUUUUAUGCGAAAAAGUGUGCUGGCCGGCGGUGGGUGCGUUGUCAAAUAAACUAGCUUGUACGUAUAGUUGCUUAUUUAAAGUAUGUAAUUAUAAGUGUUUGAUUAUAUAUUAUAAAAAACAUGAACUGCAAAUAACGAAAGCACGAAAAAGCAAAAAAAAAACGGUAAAAGUGAAAAGCAAAGCAUUAACAUUUACUGUAGUUUACAAGAAAGGAAUAAAAAAUAUACAAACAUAUAUGAAAAGAAUAACGGGAACUACACAUAAAUAUAUAUAUGUAUGGUUAGCAAACAACCCCAAAAAAUAUAUAUGUAUGUCUGUGUAUUGCAAUUGGGCUGUACAUUGCUUUACGUGCUUUUUUGUCUCCUAACCCCCUACUCAAAAAUUACGCUGAACUUAUACAACUACUAUUAAUACUAUUUUUAAUUAAAUUAGAAGUUAGUGAAAACGCUAGUUUUUAUAAUAAAUACGAAUUCGAAGCAGAGAGAGAGAGACAAUGGAAAAUUGAGCGCAAAACAAUAAAAUUAAAGAAAAACGAAAGAAAUCAAAUGUAUGAAGUAUGUAUGUAUGAAAAUGUAUGGAAAGUACGCAUAACUAAAAAUAGCCGCAAACUCUAAACUGGAUGGAGUCUCAAAGAGCUACGAAAACAUUUAAAAUUGAAAAAAAAGUGAACGCAUUAUUGAAUUGCAAACACAAAUCCUUUUAUAUAAAAUGGAGAAGAAUUCCGCAACAGAAACUAUGUAAAGGGAUUUUGAAAAAAUUUUAACAAAAAAACGUACAGAACAAUUAAUUGGCAGGAAGACGGUGAGAAGCGAACGAGUACUGAGUGUUGAUAAAUAGCUCCGAAUAUAUCAGAAGAAUAAUCCAUAAGUUGAGUUUAAUGCCACAGCUGAGUGUCAUGUAUGGAAUUUACGCAAACGCAAGUGAAAUGAAUGGCAAAUUUAGCAAUAUUGCUUGCAGCUGGCCUAUUGUGCUCUCUCGCAGAAGCUGUAAUAUAUAUUGUAGUUAUAUGUACAUAUGUUUACGAUCUAAAUGUACUUCUCUUAGUGUAUAUAACCAAAUUUACACUAUGUGCUACCACCGGCGCCAAGCCACAUGCGCAGCGCAUCACAGAGUAGGGGUUUGCCAACGCAAGGAUCGCCUAUGUUGGUUAAUCAAAGAAAAAAAGCUAAACUGUAAAACAGAAACGCUUAAGGGUAAAAGAUAAUGAUUAUAAGACAUCGAACAAGGGACUUGAGCAGCAAGUGAGCUUAGCGUUUGUGUUUGUGGGUAAACAAGACGGUAGCACAGAAACAAGUACGCAAACAAAACAAAAACGUAAAAAAAAUGUAUAAGUAAGCCACUAAGUAGCAUAGCAAAUCAACUGGACUGGUUAAAUAGUGCAUAAAUACAUACAAACACACACAGGAAAAAGAAAAAAAAAAACAACUCACAUGGUUAGAAACACAUAUGUACACACACUUACAUCCACACGCGCCGCCUAUACAUUAAACCAAAAUAAAAUAGAAGAAAAACUAUAAAUGCAUAAUAAUAGUUGCAUUGAAGUCACGCGAUAUUAAAAAUUAUUUAUCAAUAACGUAAAGCCUUGAAGAAGAAAAACAACCAAAACAUUGAGAAAAACACGAUUAAUGAACUAAAAUCCUUAUAUGUAUAUAAUUUGUAAGUAUUUUAAGGUUAUUUAUAUUACAAAAAAAAAUAUUAGCAAGCAGUGGCUACGCUAAUUGCAAUCUCUAAUGCAUGCUGAAAUACGAGAGCGACUAAAAUUAGUUAUAACUGAAGUUUUUUUUGGAAAGCGUUAAUAAUUGAAAUGAACUAAGUUAUGCUUAAAAAAAUAAUAAUGGUAAAAAGCAUAGCGUUGGAUUUUUUUUUUUUUAAUUUUGAGCUAAGCACUAGAAGCCGUUGCUUAUUUUAAAUGUUGUAAACUACUUUUGUACUUUUUAUUUAAUUUUUUUUUUCAGUUUUUUUUUAAAGGUGUAAAUGUGUAUAUGCAGUAGUAUGUAAAUGCAGUGAUUGUAUUAAUGCGUGGCUAAAUCGACAACAAGUUAUUUACAUACAUAUGUUUGCAGCAGCAAAUAGAGCAUAACGGCGUGCAUACAAAAUUUUCAACAAUAAAAAAUGCAAAAUAUGGUUUUGCUUUGCAGUUGGUUACAUAGCUGCAUCGUUCGAAGUGAAUUUUGAACGCCAGCUAUUGAAGUGACUGGCCAUAGUCGCGUAUAAAUGCGCUUCUAUUUUGGAAUGGGCUACUGCAAUGAGAGCAUACUUGCAUGUUAUUGUUUUGUUGAAAUAGCAAGCGAAAAAUUCCUAAACAUUUUGGAAAAUGCUGUUGGAGGGAAAGGCAGUCAGUUGCUAAGAAAUAAAACUGAGUACGUUCCGAUUGUCAUCGGGAGCGAGUACGCCUCGCAUGUUUUGAUGUGCCUUUAUAACUUUGUUCUUGCUUAUUUAGCUGGUUGGUAAAUUAAGUAAAAUCAUUCGAGAGAAAAUAGAUACAGUUAGCUUCCAAAAAAAAAAAUAUACAUGUACCUACAUACAUACUUAUUAAUCAUUAUGCUAUGAUACAAUGGCAAAAAAAGCUAUCUGACGAACCGAUAGCGUUCCAUUGACAGCCUUUAGGCCUCUUACGCUAAACGUCAGUGGCUAUUAACAACAUUUUCCCAUGAAUUUCCAUACUACUGAUGCUCAUUUCAAUUGCCGAAUACGUGAUCAAAAUCCUUGUGUUGUUGUAAAAGUAUAAACAUUUCCAGAAACAGAGUUUUGGGGAAUGUGGAUGAAGUGACAG